AUGAGCGAAAGUGAUAAACUCGAAAUCGGUACGAGCGAUGAUAUAAAGAAAUCCAAACCUGGUAUGAUUUAUAUAACGAGAAUACCGCCAGGUAUGACUCCCUCAAAAGUGAGAGCUAUUAUGGCACAACAUGGCGAACUUGGGAGAAUUUACCUAGCACCAGCCUGUAGGUUGACCAACUCUCAUCCAAAGAAUCCACGCUUUGUAGAAGGUUGGGUAGAGUUUAAGAAGCGUAAGAUAGCGAGGAAGGUAGCUGAACUCUUAAAUGCCCAACCGAUUGGUGGGAAGAAGGGUGAUAGGUAUAGGGAAGACAUCUGGACGAUGAAAUACCUUGGGGGUUUCAAGUGGGAAAUGUUGAGUGAACACAUAGCUCUUGAGCAAGCCUCCCAUGCUGCCAAACUUCGAAAUGAGCUCUCACAAUCCAAGCGUGAUCAAGAGGACUAUCUAAAGAGAGUGGACAAGGCUAAGAAGCAGCAAGCUAUUGAAGAACGUAGACAAGCUAAGGGGUUAUCUGCUAAACAGGAAACUAAGCAAUAUGAGUUUAAACAGCGACAAGUCUUAAGCCAAGACAUGAAACCGGAAACAAAUCCAUCGAUUAACGCAAAAAGAAAGAGGGCUGGAUAUGAUGACGCCGCAGAACAACAAAAGUCUAAAAAAUUGGACUCCGUUUUAGGCAAUUUAUUUUAA